AUGCAAAUGCCUGGUCAAAUACGUGGAAGUCCUGUUCCCCAACAGCAUUAUGUUCAAAAUCCUGUUCCUUAUAGAAAUCCUAUACAUCAAGAAACUACUCGCAAACGAUCACAUAAAUCUUCAUCACGACAAGCUGUACCUCAACAACAAGAAGAUAAUGAACCAUCAGGUGAUGAAUUGGACGAUAUUUCUGCAAGGGAUAUAGCCAUGGCAAGAUAUAAACGAAAUCACGAUUACUUUUCCGAAAUCUUUACACCAUAUAAUGCUGAUAGCAUUGAACCACCACCACUAGACAUAUCACAAAGCAAAGAAGAGUUAUUACGACUUAUUGACGAACAAAAACAAAAAUCAAAAGAACAACAAGAAGAACACGAAAAUCGAUUGGAUCAAUUUCGACAGGAACGUGAUCAGUUUUGGAAAUCUUUAGCAAAUCUCAAGGAAGCUACUUCAAUUGAAGCCAUAGACAAAGCAGCACAAGCAAUGGCAGAAACUAUCAAUGGUAAAGUGGAACAUAAUACAGAAAAUGUCAAUGUUAUUCAAAUACCCGGAUUGAAGGAAGAACCUAUCUUACCACCAACACAACCUCAAACACCACAUCAACCUUCAACUUCAACUUCAUCACAAGGAACACCAAAUCAACAACAACAACAACAACAUAAAGUAGAAGAAGAAAAAGGAAAUGAAACAAAUAAUAAUGAUGUGGAUAUGUUUACUAAUUUCGAUGAAAAUACUGAUGAUAAUAAUGACUUUUUUAAUGAAAUGGUGAAUACUGGACAAGAUGAUGAUGAUCCAAGUGUUAGUGAAUUCCUUAAUUCUGAUAUGGAUUUUGAACAACCUGAAAAACAAGAUGAUGAUAUGCAAGAAUAA